AUGGACGAUCAAAAUUGGCCGGAAAUCGAUACUGUUGUUCAAGAACGUCGCUAUGAACUUGUACUCCAUGGUAGCAAUAUCAAUGCAAGAAUCGAAAAACACGGCGGUCUACAUGCGAAUAUCUGCAAAUUAACCAAUCUCAAUUUCCUUAGAAUUAGCCAUACUUGCUUGUCACAGUUACCUGAGGAUAUUGGCAACUUGAUCAAUUUAAAAAAUUUAAUCUUGGAUCAUAACAAGUUGACGUCCAUUCCAAGCAGUAUUGGUCAAUUUACCAAGUUGAAAUUAUUGGAUUUAUCCUACAAUAAUUUGGAAAAAUUACCCCAUGAAAUUGGCCAACUGGAGCAGCUUACUGAUCUUAAUUUAGUUUGUAAUCAAUUAAUGGAUCUACCAGCAUCCAUGGGUCAAUUAGCAGCUUUAACUAGAAUCAAUGUCAGCAAUAAUAAGUUGAGUCAGUUGCCCAAUCAAUUCUAUCAUGCAAGUAAUCUUUGUGAAUUUAGAGCUGCUAAUAAUACGAUUCAUGGUGUAACCGAUGCUAUUGCGUCCUUAAAUCAAUUAAAGACCUUAGAUUUUACGGGUAAUAAAAUAGAGUUAGUUCCUCAUCAAAUUGCGCUAUGUAGCAAAUUGAAAGAGUUAACUUUAAUGGAUAAUCCUAUCAAGGAUAGGAAGUGUAUUAAAUUAACCAAGCAAAACAAUAGCAAGCUACUGAUUGAAUACCUUCGUAACUGUAAUAAGAAAGCAACUGCUGAUAGCCAAAUCAGUAAAAAGGGAGCUGGUAAAUCGCCGGACCAAGCUGACAAUGAUACUUCUGCAAAUUCGGAAGAUCAGUUGAUUGCGUUGGAAGUACGUAUACUACCAACACCAGAUAUAAAAAUAUAUUCCGCUGGUAAUGUAUUAGACGUUCGACCAUAUAUAGUUUGCUGUAUAUUGAAAGGAGUGGAUUUUAGUCGUGAGGACGUAUUUAAGAAAUUUAUUGCCUUGCAGACCAAACUACACGAUACUAUCUGUGACAAGAGAAUGCUGGCCACUAUAGCUACUCAUGACUAUAGCAAGGUUGAAUUUCCUUUAUCAUACCAAGCUGAAGCACCGGAAAAAAUUUCCAUCAUACCAUUGGAUAAAGAAUGUGCGGUUACAGCCAAACAAUUUAUAGAUCAGCUAGUAAAGGAUAGUAACGUCACAGGGCAAGCAAAGAGAAAGAAUAAAAAUUCUGGGUUGCAAAAGUACCUAACACUGGUAAAAGAGAGUAAAAUACUUGCUUGCCUGAUAGAUUGUAAAAGUAACGUUAUAUCAUUACCACCUCUAGUCAAUUCAGAAAAAACCAAGAUUUCUCCUGCCUCUAAAGAAAUAUUAUUAGAAGUUACCUCCUCAAAGAGCCUAGCAGCUUGUAAGAAAGUUAUGAAUACGUUGAUUGAAAAUAUCGCAGAAUUAGUUAUAAACUCGGACAAGGUUCUGGAAUCCGAACCAAAAUCGAUUUUAUUGGAACAAGUUCGAGUCGGAAAUCAAGAAGGUAGCCUUAAAGUAGUUUAUCCGUCAAGAACUGACUUAACGAAUUUUCGAAAAGAAAUCUCUAUUCAGCGUGCUUAG